AAAAAAAAAAAUACUCUUUGGAUCAGCAGAGAACAUAUAUACAUUUAUUUACUCUUGGGCAGAGAACCCUGAAGGAACCCUGAAAUCCUGAAAAUUAUAGGAAAAAACUCAAAAAACCCUUCAUUGAUAACGAAAAAUUGUUUUAUAAUAAUAAAGUGUGAAAUAUUGUGAGACUUCUUGAACUCUAACUUCAGAAUUUAAAUGUAUUAUUACAUGAUGUAUCAUAAUAACACGAGAUGAAGAUGGUUAUCUCGAAGUGUUGGCAAUUUACUUCUUUCUAAGUGAAAAAACUUCUUGUUUUCUGUACCAAUGUAAAUACUAAGAUGGAACUUGGGAAUUUGGCAGUAACUGACGAGUCUAAGGACGCUUUCAGUUACAUAAAUGAACGUCCGGUUGAUGAUAUAUCAUUGGAGUUUUUUUACAAACCACAUACCAUAACCUUAUUGGCUGUAUCAAUUGCUUCAGUAAUAUACACAGCAUUUGUCAGGAAUGAAAAUAGUACGCAAGAUAACAUAUGGGCUGGUAUAUGCUGUGUGAUUUUUUUCUUUCUCAUAAUAUCAGUACUUACAUUUCCUAAUGGACCAUUUACUAGACCCCAUCCUGCGCUCUGGAGAAUCGUUUUUGGCAUGUCAGUGCUUUACUUACUGGCACUAUUGUUUCUUCUAUUUCAAAGCCAUUCGACAGUAUAUGAAAUAAUGUAUUGGAUAGAUCCAAAUUUACGCAAUUUCCAUAUUGAUAUGGAUAAGGAGUAUGCUGUUAAUUGCUCUGAUAUCAGUUUGUCAAGAAUUUGGUCACAUGUGGAUGUAUUUGCAUGGGGACAUUUUUUGGGCUGGAUGUUUAAAGCUAUUCUGUUCCGACAUACUGGCUUACUCUGGGCUAUCUCAAUUAUGUGGGAAAUUACCGAAAUAGCAUUUGCUCACUUGCUACCAAAUUUCCUCGAAUGCUGGUGGGAUUCUAUUAUAUUAGAUGUCUUAGUUUGUAAUGGAUUGGGAAUAUGGGUUGGAUUAAAAAUUUGUAAAGCUUUGGAAAUGAGAGAAUACAAAUGGGUUAGCAUUAGGGAUAUCUCAUCAACCACAGGAAAGAUUAAAAGAGCUAUACUUCAAUUUACGCCAGUUCAUUGGACACCCGUACGAUGGCUUGAUCCCACAUGUACUUAUAUGAGGUUCUUUGCACUCGGUCAACUUGUGGUAUUUUGGCAAAUAUCAGAACUAAACACGUUUUUCUUGAAACAUAUAUUUGAAAUGCCACCUUCUCAUCCAUUAGUUAUUGCCAGGCUAUGCUUAAUUGGUGUCAUCGUUGCUCCAUCAGUAAGACAGUAUUAUACAUAUGUUACGGAUCCACGAUGCAAGAGGGUGGGCACCCAGUGCUGGGUAUAUGGAGUCAUCAUGGUGACAGAAUCUGUGUUGUGUGUAAAGAAUGGCAAGGAACUAUUUGGCCAAGCGCAAGUGUGUAAUGUGAUUGUGUGGCUUGUGAUACAAAUUCUAGUCUCAAUAGGCUGUGUAUAUGGAGUUGUGCUGUAUCAUCAAUAUUUUGAGCCAAACAAGGAAACCGCGACAGAGAGUCCCAAAAAAGAUUCAUAGAUCUUCUACGUAGAUGAUGGCGAUGAACUGUGCCAGAAGUUACAGCUACCUUUCCCUACGUGUUAAAUUAUAAAUUCUAUUCUUUUAGAUUAGGGUACAUGCAGUAAAGGACCACACCAAUUUAAAAUGCAUGCAUUAAUUAUUAUGUUGGUUUAAUUUAUCCAUAUGCUACAUAUUAUAGCCACUACAAUUAUGAUCGUCAUGGGCUCUGUUAUGUAACACCCACGAUGUCAGAUCUAGUCAAGCAUUUUGUGGCAACUAUCUAUUUGUGGGGUCCCAUACUGUAGGUACCUACAUUAAGCAACACCAAAUAUUAUUUAUUUUUAGCUAUAAACUAAUAGUUACCUCGUAAACUUGUGUCUACGGGUUUAGGGUGAAAAGAGGUAUAGUUUACCAUCAUGUAUAAGUUUAAAAUAUUUUUUUAGAAUGUACACAUUCAAAAUAUCUAAAUUCAUUUGGUAUAAGUUAAGAAUAUUGCAAAAAACAUAUAACUGGAUUAAUGUAUGUAUUGCAGUUGUAUUUUUCGCGAAAGAAUAUCUUUAAGUUCUAUACUUACUCAAGAUCUUUCAUGAAAAAUAAAUGCCAUGCGUAGAACUCAAAAUCUAGGAAGUUAAGUACUAGUAUUUCGAUUUUACUUUGGUACUUAUUUCGACCAUUACAAAUUAAAAAAAAUAGGUUUUUUUACGUUAAAAUGCAUUAGUUAAUAACAUAAUUAAUAACAUAAUUUUUUAAAUUUUUUAAUACAUGUUAAUUAACCGAUAUGUACCCCUACGCGAUAAAAAGUUAAAAGCGUAACCAUAGGAUGGCGGGUGUCUAUAAGUAGUUGAGUGUUACCAUUAUCCGCAGUUGAAAUAUUGUAAAGUAGGCGCUAAUGCCAUAAAAUAGGUUCUUCUCGUGGAGUCGGUCUAGUGAAAGAAAUGGCGACUUUAACAAAAGCCUUGUGUAUCCAUGUGUAGGUACAACUAGGAAUACACGAGUUUGAUAAGUACAUCAUUGUAUAAGUUUGAUACUCUAUAUUUUUUAAAUAUUCCGAUUCUAGUUAGGUACGUAUCGUCGCUGCGCAUAAAUUCCGCUAUGUGAAAAAUCCCAAGUUUUCAGAAAACUAGAGCUCAACGAACGUUGCGGAAACAGGCCAGUCGGAGUCAAUGCCGCGUCUUAGGUGAGGCAUUGACCCGAGUUUUGCACGCUAUACAUUGUGGGUUUCAAAAAUACUAUAUCACUAAAACUACAAGAAAGUGAUUAUUGGCAUUGAAUUGUGUUUAGGUAGUAUAAUAAUAACGCUAAGUUUUUGCUAGUGUUCUGGUUAUAUUAUUUUUUAUUAAAAAAAUAGCGAUCAAACGAGCAGGUCAGGUCAGUAAUCACUUAACAUCAGGUGACCCGUCACCUGAUGUUAAGUGAUUACCGCCGCCCGUCAACAUUUACACAGCCUGUACUUUAUACUUAAAUUCUGUAGAAUUUUAUUGAGCAAAAAAAUAUAUUAAUAAAUAAAUACCUAGGUAAAUCUAGUAUCAAAACCAGGUGAGGUUAUAAAAACAACUAGUGACAUAUUCUGUCUUUUUGCAGGUUUCUAAAACGCUAAAGAAUCGCUCUAGCUUUCACUAGAUAGACUCUUUUUAAAAAAUUCGAAUAAUGUUGAAACAGACUAUUUUUGUUUAUAUUCUAAGUACUUAUGUACGUACAUAUUUAAGUUAAGAUGCAUUCUUUACAAUUUUAUUUAGAUAAAAGUAUUUAAAAAUACCUGUGUAUAAAUUCAGUUGGCCCCAGGAUAAGUAACACCUGUGAAUUUGGUGAUAUUUCAUUGCUCACAACAAUUAGCGUGUUAUUUAAUAGGUAGUUCGUAUUUAUAAAAUAGAAAUUGAAUCUUCCAAAUAUAAAUGUGUGCUAAUCAUCCAAUC